AUGUCCCAAGCAGCAAACCAGUCUGCUGCGCCGGCGCAUCCCGAGCAGGCAUUACACGCUCUCUUCGCGAUAUGGGACACCAAGAACUAUGAUACCGCCAAAUACUUUGGAGCUGCGAUUGGUACUCUCAUCGGCAUCUUCAUCGCAGCACACUGGACGCAUAUCCUUCUAGACAGGCUAUCGAGGAGCUCCAGUACCGCACAAUUGGCGACCCGAAGUUUGUCACUUGUAUCACGAAGAAUCUGUUCAGACAAAGUGCUUGGAUGUGUCACUGUAUCCCCCGCCAAGGUCCUUCUUGUCCUGGUGUAUACAGGCAUCAAUGCCACCUUAUCGUUCUAUGACCGGCCAGAUAAGGCCCCUAUUAUUACAAUACUAGCGAGACGCUUCGGCUGGUUGGCACUGUGCAACAUCUGCCUCACAGUUUUCCUUGGACUGAAAAACACGCCACUUUCCCCACUGGCUGGAUAUUCCUUCGACAGCUUGAAUGUCCUGCAUCGGUGCACUGGGUACACGGUCGUACUCUUCACGGUCCUCCACGCAGUCACAUACAUUGCUGGUCUUGCAAAAGCCCAUGCACUUUAUGUCCUCAGAACACCCUCUCAAGCAGCAGGCAUCGUGGCGGCGCUAGCACUGCUAUGUCUUUUCGUGACAGCUAUCGGCGCACUACGGAGACGGAUGUAUGAGCUUUUCUAUGCUUCACAUCAAAUCCUUGCUGCCACGAUACUGGUAGCUGUUGGUCUGCAUCGGCCUGAACUUGCAGGCAAAGCACUCAUCGUUACCAUCUGCGCUGCUGGCUUGUGGUUUGUGGAUCAAUCUCUACGGAUCUCUCGGUGGUUCUACUACGGCGUUGGAAACCAUUGCACGUUGACGGCACUUGCGCAUGGGGCAACCAGGGUCACAAUGCAUCGGGGAAUUCGAGCUCGACCUGGUUCUCACGCGUUCGUUUGGAUUCCUGGUGUGAAAUCUUUCCAGAGACAUCCAUUCACACUCGUAUCGACCGAUCCUAUGGAAUUUGUGAUCAAAGCACGCGACGGCUUUUCCAAAGCACUGCAUGAACACGCCUGCCAAUUCCCGCGAGGCAAGUUCCGGGCUUCCGUGGACGGUCCUUACGGACAGGUUCCCAACUUGACAGGAUACCAGAAACUUGUUUUCAUAGCAGGCGGAAGUGGUGCCACGUUUACGAUUGCUCUGGCGUUAGAUUGGGCGAGACAGUCUAGGGCGCCUGGAGUCUAUCAAAGUCUUGACUUCAUCUGGGUCGUUCGGCACGCAGAAGCGCUGCAGUGGUUCGCAAACGAGUUGGCAGAACUUCAAGCACAUCCGCGCAUCAGUGUCAAUUUGUUUGUCACCACCCCUGUGCUUGAACGACAUAUGAAUUUGUUAUUGGGAAAAGCUGUCGAGGGGCUCACGGAAACUGAAAGCGUGCUCGUGGCUACUUGUGGUCCUACAAAUUUGUUGGCCAGGAUCCGCGAGGCGAUUACUGCUGUCGAAUCUGUAGCUGCACCGAGAAUUGAUAUGCACGCCGAAGAGUUCACCUACUGAGCUUGGAUCACGCGGCAUGCAACUCGUCUGCACCACUCGACACUGGGUUUGAUAUGAUGGAUGAAUUCUCUGAUUUGGAGAACGCGCCGCGUUGGUUACAUUAGGGGACGGGUAUUGGCUCCUGUCGUCUUUAUGGAGGCUGAUUCGGCUCGAUCGCCUGUUGCCUUUGGGGCCGCAGUGCCGUACGGUGUUAUUC